GCGGAGCGACGGGGUCGUUCCUGGGCGGGGAGCCUGUUGAUCCAGGUGGGAAUGAAAUAGUAAAGGUGGACGUCCUCCCAGUGUGAGAAAUGCAGCGUCCGGGUCCCUGGAUUCGUACCUUUCCCUUCUGCGCGGCAGGUUCAUGAUCCCGGGAUCAUUCCUUUGCCUCCGGGCAUGGCGACAGCAGAGAGGGUGCAGCUGGCAUCCACCCCGACGGCUGCAGGAGCUGGGCAGUCGGACAGAGGAGGUACCUGGGGCGGGGACAUGGCUACAGAGCAAUGACGCUCCCUGCUGGUCCCCGUGGUGCCCCCUCCCGCGGUUCUGCCUCCUGACUUCGUCUUGUGCCCGCUUCUGGCGCUCAUCCAGCGCGCGCUCCACAGCCUCGAGCCGGCCUCGGGGCGCCUUGCACUCACGCCUAGGCUUCCAGAGCACAAUGGUAUGUGUAAACUAUGCAGACUCUUUAACACGCAGUCCUCAAAACAACCCUACGGAAAACAGCAGCUUCACUGUGGAGGAGCCUGGCAGACACCACCUAUCAAAGGGACCGAGGUUAACAUCACCAGCGCUGGCCCAGAAGUACGACCUCCAGCGGGAACAGGAGCUUCGAGAGUGGAUUGAGGGGGUGACAGGACGCCGCAUAGGCCCCAACUUCAUGGACGGCCUCAAAGAUGGCAUCAUUCUUUGCGAGUUCAUCAAUAAGCUCCAGCCAGGCUCCGUGAAGAAGGUCAAUGAAUCGACACAAAAUUGGCACCAGCUGGAGAACAUAGGCAACUUCAUCAAAGCCAUCACCAAGUACGGGGUGAGGCCCCACGACAUCUUUGAGGCCAAUGACCUGUUCGAGAACACCAACUACACCCAGGUGCAGUCCACCCUCCUGGCUCUGGCCAGUAUGGCCAAGACUAAAGGGAACAAGGUGAAUGUGGGUGUGAAGUAUGCCGAGAAGCAGGAGCGGAAGUUUGAGCCGGAGAAGCUUCGAGAGGGGCGGAACAUCAUUGGGCUGCAGAUGGGCACCAACAAGUUUGCCAGCCAGCAGGGCAUGACGGCCUAUGGUACCCGGCGCCACCUCUAUGACCCCAAGCUGGGCACGGACCAACCCCUGGACCAGGCCACCAUCAGCCUGCAGAUGGGCACCAACAAGGGAGCCAGCCAGGCCGGCAUGACGGCUCCCGGGACCAAGCGGCAGAUCUUCGAGCCGGGGCUGGGCAUGGAGCACUGCGACAGUCUCAACGUCAGCCUGCAGAUGGGCAGCAAUAAGGGGGCCUCGCAGCGGGGCAUGACAGUGUAUGGGCUGCCGCGCCAGGUUUACGACCCCAAGUACUGCCUGACGACCGAUUACCCCGAACUGGGCGAGCCUGCCCACAACCACCACCCACACAACUACUACAAUUCUGCCUAGGGCCCUGGGUCUCCCGCCUUCCCCCCCCAGGGAAGCUGGCUGCUGCUCGGCAGGGCCUAGCCCGGCCCCGCUAACCCCUGCCCCCUGCAUGGCGCCCUCCAGCCCCUGGCACCUGCCUACAGGGUUAGCAUUGGGGGGAAGAGCAGACUGGGGGGCCUGUGGGGGGGGAGGGGGCUCUCCUCCCCGGAGCACUGCAGGGUCCAACAUCGAGCCAGGUGUUCCCAACAGCAUCCAAAGGACGCACUGAGCAAAGCUACUCCAGCUGCCCCUGACUCCCUCACAGGUGGGUUCCCCCCAGGACAAGAAGCCCCCCCCCCCCAAGCAAAGCCCCCAGAGCCCAGGCUCAGCCUGCCUCCACCCCAUUCCCACAAUGGGAGCCAACUGCAUGCCCAGAGACCCAGCGGACACACGCGGUUUGGUUUGCAGCGAUUGGCGUAUGUGGAUGUGACAGCGGUGUUUGUAAUGCGAGCACUUUCUUUUUCUAUUUCACUGGAGCACAAUAAAUGGCUAUAAAAUCA